CUUCGUCACCAUCGCUCCUUAGCCUCUUUAGCCAGCAGCACGGUUAUCGUUUUAUACCAAGGAUAGUUGAACCACUCUUUGAUUGUUUAGAUUAGCAUUGUACUUCGACUCGUCAUGGAUCUUGAUAUCGUUCAGCAAUACGGACCCGGAAUGUCCUUCUAUCGGUCGCAGAUACAGUUGUCAUCUUCGAAUGAGAAUGGCACGACGACAAAAGCGACAGUGUCGUCAUCACUAUCGAGAUACUCCUCAGCCCUCCGAUUGUUGCAGACCAGCAACCAGAAUCUGGAUUAUAAAAUGAGCAUGUUGCGCUCCAACGUGAUUCGACUGAACGUCGACUUGAGCAAGCUCCAACAGCACGUCAAGGCGUUUCACAACGAACUCCUGACGACAUGGCAAGCUGACACGCUUACCCGACUGGUCGAAGUCGUCUACGAGCGACAGGGGUGGAAGUUCCCCGGAGGUGUAGUAGUAGGCGAUCAUAUCCAUAUAGGUCGUGAUAGACAGACGAGAAUGUUAGUCACGGCCGCAAGAAGGAUCAGAAAAUCGAUCCUGUGGAACAAUUUUGGACUCUCCGUGCAGUACUACUCGGCUCUACAGCGAUACAUCGAGAUUGCCCACAUGCGCAGUACAAACUCGUUCCGGACGGAAUGCACAUUUGCUCGAAGACUAGUGUCGGAAAAGGAGGAGCACUGGGGCAUGUAUCGAUUUUGGGGGGCACUGUUUCCCCUGUGCUAUAGUCGGUCGGUGGAAGAGAGCGCCGAGAUAUUCUGAAUUGUGAUAUUAUUCCUGUGGCUAAACGAAGACUUUUCAGAUUUCAGGGUCUGUCCUAAUUGCCGGGAUUGUCUCCAGGAUAGAUAGAUAGGAUUGAAUGGAAGCUCGGUCAAGUCCCACAGGCGUGCAGCAGCCGUGGCGGGUUGAGUGAGACAUGCUACCAAAACCGGGAGCACUAUCUCCAACUCAGGCGUGUGGUGUUGUCACUGGUCCUAUUUCUGGCAAAGACCCAUAGCAUUCCAAUCAUCUCCCAGCUAGUCUGCAGAGCCGGUAAUAGCGCAUGAUGUCUCUGACUGGCCAUGUUUCUGGUAUGUUGAGCCGUCGCAAAGGACCUGCAUAGGCGAUGGCUUGGUUGGAUGGUGUCUGCCGUGCGGAUGCAGAAUAGGCUUUAGCCAUGCAGCACGAC